AUGGCUUCCAGUAGGACGAACAGGGGAGUGAAAAGGGGCAGUAAUGACUGGGCGGGUCCCCCUCCUCCCCCCUCCCUCCUGACGUCCCGGUCCCCGCAGCUGAUCGAUUACGCGAAGCGCGGUGACACGGACGAGCGCGCCAUGAGCAUGGCCAACUUCUGGCUGACGGAGAAGGACCUGGUGCACAAGCUGUUCAAGGUGCUGGCCUUGCGUUUCCAGGACUACAGCAGCCCUUAUACACGACUGCUGCAGGUUCCCAAAGGCACAAACCUGGACCGGGCCAAGCUGGGCGUGCUUGAGUACAAGGGGAACCCACUGCCCCCACUUGUUGAGCACAGGGACAGCGAGAAGACCCUGCUGAACCAGCUGCUGAAGGGCUACCGGGAGGAGGUGCUGCAGGCCAGGAAGCAGCCCCCAGAGGGUACGGCUGUGUAAGGCAGCACCUCCUUCCAGCCCAGGGGGAACCAAGCAGCACCCUGAGAUGCAGAGGAGGCUCUCCCUGGACAGGAGACCAGACCUGCUAAGUAAAGACUUUCCUCAGGCAGGAGUGGUGAAUCCCACUUCCAUGCUGCCUGUUUAGAACACAUGGCCUCUCUCCAUAGUCCCUGCCCUCUGUUUUUGUCUGCAUUACUAUGCAGGAGUGGAGGGUCAAGUCUUUCACCCUGUUACAAGCAGAAACCCACAUGGAGAGAGCAAUGAAGCUGGAUGCCCUAACAAUUAUCACUGUGCAAAUAAACCUGUUUUUUCAGAACAUAAAGUCUUGUUCUGUCUUCACUGCAUUGCUGUGCCUAUGGAGUACUGUUUGGCUGGACCCCAGUCUUUUUUGCUAAAACCUGGCUUCCCCCUAACGAGAUUGAAGAAUGAAGACCUAAACAGCUUUCUAGGCAGCCAUAAAGCAUUUGCUGGACAGACUCUUACAGCUGUAGGAGUCUGGGACUUUUAGUUUUGGAUCACACAUGAAUGCACUUGGGGACAGGACCCAUUGCUUAUGAUCUAAAACAAGUCAAUAAGCUUAGAUACAAGGU